AUGGCUAGUCCUCCUUGUUCCCCUUCCCCCCUUCUUCCCUCUGUAGCCUCUGCUUCUGCUAUCGACCUCCUUGGUUCUAAGAAGGUCGGGGCUGCAUCUGCUUUGAGCGGGCGCCGCAGCGGCAAGGGCAAAGGGAGCAAGGGAGGCGGAGGUGACGGCGGGGGAGGCGGUGGUGGGGGUGGUGGCGGCGGUGGGGGUGGUGGUGGGACUGGUGGGGCUAGUGGCAGCAGUGGGGGUGGUGGCGGCAGCGGCGGGGGAGGUGGCAGGGGCGGGGGCGGUGGUGGGGGCGGCGGUGGACACGGCGACGGCAGGGGAGGAGGUGGUCAAGGAGGUGGCGGCGGCGGUGGUGGUCGUGGAGGCACUGGCGGUGGCCAGAGCCUGCAGCACUCUCCGUCGCCCCAGGAGCUCCGUGAGUGGUACGCUUAG